GAAACAUUUUCCAGGAAGAGGAGGAGGAGAUGGGAUGGGCUGGGUUUUGAUUCUCGAGCAAUAAAACUGCGGAACUAUACUGAGUAUCUAGAUUCAGCUAAACAUCUCAGGAGAGAUGGCUUCAGCUUGGAGCCUCCCAAAGGAGGAUUAUUUCCUGUGUUCAAUCUGCCUGGGUGACUUCACUGAGCCUGUUUCUACUCCGUGUGGACACAACUAUUGUAAGAACUGUAUCACAGGAUACUGGGACAAGAGUGAUGUAACACAGUGUCCCAUGUGUAAGGAAAAGUUCAAGAGAAGACCCAAGCUACGAGUCAACACAGAGUUCAGAGACAUGAUGGAGCAUUUCAACCGCAUGAAGUUGAAAAGCGGAGACGAAAUGGUUACUAAACCAGGGGAGGUGCCCUGUGACAUCUGCCCUGAACCAAAGUUCAAGGCCCACAAGACAUGCUUAGUGUGUUUAGCGUCAUACUGUCAGACUCACCUGGAGCCUCAUCAGCAUCUUAAAAAGCACAAGCUGAUUGAUCCCGUGUCGAACCUUGAAGACAGAGUGUGUAAGAAGCAUGACAAGAUGUUGGAGUUCUUCUGCAGCACAGACCAGGAGUGCGUUUGCUUCAAGUGCUUGAAAGAUGACCAUGAUGCGCAUGAAGCCGUUCCUCUGGAGCGUGCUACUCAAGAGAGGAAGGUAUUGCUCAAGAAUGUGACUUCAGAGAUGCAGGUGAUGGAAAACAAUAUAUCCACGAGUGUUAACAAACUCAAGUGCUCAGUUCAACAGAGCAAAAGUACAUCAGAGAGGGAUAUGGAGGAAAUUGAUGACGUCUUUGCAGCUCUGCUGGUCUUUCUGCAAAGAAAGAAGGAUGAUUUGAUUGAGUUGGUCCUGCAGAAGCAUAAAACAGCAGAGACAAAAGCUGAAGACCACAUAGCACAGCUGGAACGAGAAGCUGCUGACUUGACAAGACGAAGAUGUGAACUAGAACAACUUUUACAAUCUGAAGACUGCCUUCACAUCCUGCAGAAAUGUCCAUCCCUUCAAAACCUUGUGCACAUUUACUUCAGCCCUCCGUUGACACAAGACGUUUCUGAUGUUAGUCAACACAUCCAUGCAGGGAUGGUAAAGAAAACGGUUGUCCGGAUUGAGAAGAUAGCCGGUAUUAAAAUGGAGAAUCUGCUUCAUGAUGUCAGGUUCUCUGAAAGCUGUGAGGUUUCCAAACAGGUAGAUGCAACAACACAGUUAGACACAGAUGACUUUGCUAAAGAAAUGUCGAGUCAGACUCUGGAUGACCUGAUGCUUAUCCAACAAAAUGACGGCGUGAACGUCACUCUGGAUGCCUAUACGGCCAACUCCAAACUCGUGGUAUCUGACGAUGGGAAAAAACUGACCUUUCGUAAGAGCUGGCUUACUUUUCCUUCUUUAUUCAACAGAAAAUUUGAAUAUAAGCCUUUUGUCCUUGCAACGGAGGGUUUCUCCUCUGGUAGAUUCUACUAUGAGGUUCAGGUCAGCACGAGCCAAUAUUGGGUUUUGGGAGUGGUGAUAGAGUCCAUUAACAGGCAGAUCUCUCUAGGUCCCGGCAUUCAAGAUGGAGCCUGGUUAUUAUAUGCAACAGGUGACCAAUAUUUUGUCAACAUGUCUUACCCUCAGCAGCCAUGGAGGAAACCAAGAGCCCAGAAAGUUGGUGUGUUUGUUGAUAUUGAGGGGGGAGAGAUCUCCUUCUAUAACGUGAAUGACAGGUGUCUCCUCACCUCCUUGGUGGGAUGUAUCUUCACUAAGCUAACAAACGAAAAGGGGUUUCUUCACUCUAUAACUGGGGCUUCAUAUAGUAGAAGAACGAAGGUCUACCCUGUCUUUGGGAUUUAUGGAGAUGAUCCAGGCGACAGUCUCGUAAUCACUCCUGUAGAUUGCACAACUCGAGAAGCUAAAAAUGUCAUGGGAAUUUAACAGGAAACUCCGACUCAAAGAGAAACGACAGGGGAGAAUUAUAUGUUUUUGAAAACUUACUUCAAAAGUUAAUGGCUCAAUAUGUUGACCAGCUUUCUGUCAUCUGCACCAACAAAGAUCAAAACAAAUAGCCUUUAAAAACUGUACUUGGCAGAUCUAAAGGUGGCAUAUAUCUAGGUUUUGAUGAAAAACAUCUGCCGGCUUCACGGUAAGGAAGCACACUUACACUUGCACAACCCAGAAAACAAGGGAGCAAAAUCCAGAGGUUUUCUCUUACUGCGUGAUUGGACACUGAAGCCCACAAAGAAGCUGUAACCAUGACACCAACAGAUGUGAGACGCUGGAGAACUUCAUGACAGAAAACUGGACAUUACUGGCAGAUUGAUCGUUUUUUUUUGGUUGUUUUUUUUUCUUCCAAAAAUGAAUCAAACACAUGAAUUUAAUAAAACAUUUAAGUCCGUCCUAGUACUUUAACAGAAAGAAAGGGCAUUUAAAGUAUUAGAGUUUUGUAUUAUACAUAUUUGGUCUCAUCGUGUGUACAGUGCAAUGUAAUAAACUUAAAUAAACAGUCUAAACAAUCUAUUUGAUUGUUUUAUAGUAUAUUCAUUCAUAACGAAAGAAAGUUUAAAUUAAUGGUAAAAAAGUAACAAUUUGAAUCAAUAAAAAACUGUCAUUUGUUUACAGUUUGAUCUAGGGUUGCAAGAUUGGAGACUAAGAAUAACUUAAACUAUUUUAUUGGUUUAAAAAAAGAAGAAAAUAUUUUUGGUGUUACAUCAUAUUUAAAUUUAAUUUAGAUUAUGUGACCUGAUUAAGGGAUUAAAACAUCAAAUACUUGAAUUUGUAAAAUGGUACAAAACUGGAAUUUGUGGAUGAAUUCUCAAAUAUUGUGACAGCCGAGAUAGAUUCAUGUGAUUCAAUUGGUGUGAUUCCUGUAAAUUAUAAAAUGUAUCGACUUAAUCAUGGUAAUUGAUGGGAAGUCAAUUGUGUUUAUUGAUCCAGGUUGGGAGUAAUUUUUAAACAUUUGUUGUACAUUUGAGUUUUUAUGUGUAACCAUAUGUCAUCUCUCGCUCUAGUGUUUGAUUCAUUUAUCAUGAAGCUGUGGCCUCAAUUUCACAUUUAGGUUGCAAUACUCAUAUAUGACCAGAAGAUGCCACCAUCCAAAGUUUUGGUCCACUUAAAGUCAUUUUCUGCAAGACUCAGUUAUAAAAUAAAGGGAAACUCUUCCCAUUGUUUUAAAGUAAACUGUCUUAUUACAUUUGCAAGCUUGCUGCAUAAAUAGCAACAUAAAUAGCAUGAAUUGGGUUUUUUUCUCACAUUUCGUUUCAGAAGCGAUAAUUCAAUUACAUUGGUUGUGGGAAAUACUGUACAACAUGGUGAUCAAAAUACCAAUACAGUUCAUACAGAGAAGUAAUUUCAAAAUGUAUCAUUCAGAUUUUAUUAGUUAUUUAUCUUCAGUGUAACCAUAGCCAUAUGUGUAACAGGGUAAAUAGCUUAAUAGCUGAUACAAGUGUUUCAAAUCAAAUCUUCCAUGCACUGUGCAACAUAGUGGUUACGUACCAGUUAAUUAAAAAUUUUUUUCAUGAAAA